CCAUUAAUGUGUGUGUGGGUAGGGGUUAAAGCUUUCUGUAUAUACAGUAGAUUAAAACGUCUUACGUGGCUUAAUAAAAAUAUAGCUAAGAUUUUAUUAAUACAGAAAGAGAAAUUAAUGAUUUGUUUUUUAACUGGUAAACAACGUAAGAUAUAGCGGCUUUAAUUAGUAACAAUUUCCGGGCGCCCCCUCACAUUGUGAUCAAUUGGUUUCACCCGUGAGCGUCAUAUUUCUGAUUCCACUUUCAGUUUGAAAGCUGGGCGGCUCGGAGUGGGACAGACGGGACGCCAUGUCGUGCCCACGCGCAGCCUCCAUGCAGCCCGUAGGAACUCCCCGCGGCGGCAGAGGGAAUCAAAGUGGCGGCCGCGGCAAAGGUCUGCAGAACAUCAAGGUGAGCGAGGAGGUGAAGAUCGCAGUGAACGUCGCGAUGGAGCGCUUCCGCUACAGCGACGAUAAAGAGCUGGAGUUCCCUUCCUCGCUGACAAAAACGGAGCGGGCCUUCGUCCACCGCCUCUGCCAGUCGAUGGGACUCAUCUCGAGGAGUCGGAACAAGGGGCUGAUGCGGUGCCUGACCGUGCGGAAGAAGGAGAGCGCGGAGGCGGCGGGCGCCGAGAUGUCGUUUGUGCUGUCGCACCCGGCGCGCCACGCCGCCCACGCGCUGCUGCAGCGCUUCCCCGUCACCAGCAAGGAGCGCACCGAGCUGCUGCCCCGCACGGACCGAGCGCCGUCUGGUGCCGGCUCAGACCCAGGGGUGAGACACGAGAUGAGCAGGCUGAGCGGGCGGCUCAACAACGGGAUCCCUCAGGUUCCUCCACCGCGGGGGCGCUCGGAGCUGGAGGCGUUCCGCCAGACCCUCCCCGUGGCCGAGUUCCAAGAGCAGCUGCUGGGCACCAUCGCCAAGUCCAACAUCCUGCUGGUGCUGGGCGAGACCGGCUCUGGCAAAACCACGCAGAUCCCUCAGUACAUCCUGGACGAGAGCACCCGCCUGGGGUGGCCAUGCCGCGUGCUGUGCACGCAGCCGCGCCGAAUCUCUGCCAUCGCCGUGGCCGAGAGAGUGGCGGCAGAGCGAGGGGAGGGCGUCGGCCAGACCGUGGGCUACCAGAUCCGGCUGGAGAGCAGGGUCUCGCCAAAGACACUUCUCACGUUCUGCACCAACGGCGUGCUGCUGAGGACCCUCAUGUCCGGAGACAGCGCCAUGUCUACUGUUACGCACAUCAUCGUGGACGAGGUCCAUGAACGCGACCGCUUCUGCGACUUCCUGCUCAUCAAGCUGCGCGAUAUUCUGGAGCGGCAGUGCAACCUCCGCGUCGUGCUGAUGAGCGCCUCCCUCAACGUCUCGCUCUUCUCCAAGUACUUCAGCGGCUGCCCCAUCAUCCGCUUGCCCGGGAGGCUGUUCGAGGUGAAGCGGCUCUUUCUGGAGGACAUCCUGCGCACCACGGGUUACAAGUCUAAGGAGAUGGAGAGAUACCAGAAGGAGAAAGAUAAACUGGAGAGCCAGCAGAACAAGCUGAGCGAAUGGUACAAGGCGAAGGAGACGGGAUCGAGCGUGCCAGUACGCAGUGCCAGCGCCGCAUGCCUCGCAGAUCACACCAGGAUGCUCAACGACGAAGGGGAGAGCGCCUUCGUACAGGAGGCGGAGCGCGAUGGCUCCAACCUGGAGCCGUGGCUCGUCAAGGAGAUGGACGCGUGCAUCACCAACCUGUGGAUGCAUCGGGACGAGGACGCCUUCACGCAGCUGCUGCACCUGCUGCUCAGCGAGCGCGUCAGCGUCGACUACAGGCACAGCGAGACGACCGCCACGCCGCUGAUGGUGGCCGCAGGACAUGGCUUCAUCGGCAUCGUGGAGCAGCUGCUCCGGUUGGGGGCCAACGUCAACGUGAAGGCCUCCAACGGCAUGAACGCUUUCGACUGGGCGAAGAAUUUUCAUCAUUUGGACGUGGUGGAGCUCAUGGAAUCGUUUGUGGCUUCGGUGGGCGAGGCGGGGCCUGAUGAAAGCACACUGGCAAACACCAGCACUGAGCUGAGCCCCGAGGACCGCGAGCUGCUCAGCGUCUACCACCACACCUUUGACGACGACAAGGUGGACCUCGAUCUCAUCCUGCACCUCCUCAACCAGAUCUGCCAGGGCUCCACUGAUGGAGCCGUGCUGAUUUUUUUGCCGGGCUACGAUGAGAUCAUCACGCUGCGGGACCUCAUUCUCUGCGACGACAAAAGAUUUGCGGAGCAGAGCCACAAGUACCACGUGUUCACCCUUCACUCCAACAUGCAGACGUGUGACCAGAGGAGAGUGCUCAAGAGCGUGCCGCCAGGAACCCGCAAAAUUAUCCUGUCGACGAAUAUAGCGGAGAGCAGCAUCACGGUGAACGACGUGGUGUUCGUCAUCGACUCGGGGAAAGUGAAGGAGAAAUCGUACGACGCGCUCACCUCAGUCACCAUGCUCAAGACGGUCUGGAUUUCCCAGGCCAGCAGCCUCCAGAGGAGGGGCAGGGCUGGGAGGUGUCGCCCCGGCAUCUGCUUCCACCUGUUCAGCAAGGUGCGCUUCCAGAACAUGCUGGAGUUCCAGACCCCCGAGCUGCUUCGAGAGCCACUGCAGGAGCUGUGCCUGCACACCAAGCUGCUCGCGCCGACCUGCAUGCCGAUCGCCGAGUUCCUGGCCAAGGCUCCGGAUCCCCCGCCCAAUCUCAUCGUCCGCAACGCCCUGCAGAUCCUCAAGGCGAUCGACGCGAUGGACAACUGGGAGGACUUGACGGAACUGGGUCAUCACCUAUCAGACCUGCCCGUGGAGCCUCACCUGGGCAAGAUGGUGCUCUACGGCGUCGUGCUCAAGUGCCUCGACCCGGUGCUCACCAUCGCCUGCUCGCUCGCCUACCGCGACCCCUUCACGCUGCCCAGCCAGCCGGCGCACAAACGCGCCGCCGCCUACUCGCGCAAGAAGCUCGCCGCCUCCACGUUCAGCGAUCACAUGGCCCUGCUCCGGGCAUUCCAGGCGUGGCAGAAGGCGUGCGGCGACGGCUGGGAGCGCUCGUUCUGCGAGCGAAGCUUCCUGAGCCAGGGCACCAUGGAGAUGAUCUUCGGCAUGAGGUCGCAGCUGUUGGGUCAGCUGCGUGCGUCCGGUUUCGUGCGGGCGAGAGGCGGGGGCGACAUCCGCGACCUCAACACGAACUCGGAGAACUGGCCGGUGGUGAAGGCGGCGCUGGUGGCGGGGCUCUACCCCAACGUGAUCCACGUGGAUCGCACCACCCAAACGCUCACCACGCAGCUCGAGCGUAGGGUGCGCCUCCACCCUUCCUCCGUGCUCGACCAGCCCGGCUUCAAGAAGCCCUCCCCCUCGGAGGAGGGCAUUCCCGAGGGAUUGGCGGCGCUUCCCACCGACUGGCUGGUGUUCGGCGAGAUGACGCGAGUGCACCGCCUGGCAAGCGCUCGCUGCGUCACGGCCGUGAGCCCCGUGGCGGUGGCUCUGUUCGCCGGCCCCUCUCGCCUUCCCGCCUCCGCCCUCCAGGGACCGUCAUCGACGCACGUGGAAGGGAUUCCCUACGAUAGCAGCGACAGCGAGAUGGAGGAGAAGCCGUCGGUGAAAACGGCCGUUCUGCAUCUCGACGAGUGGAUCAACUUCAAGUUGGACCCAGAGGCGGCGAACCUGCUGCUGCAGCUGCGGCAGAAGUGGCACACUCUGUUCGUGCGCCGCAUGCGGGCGCCGUCGCGCGCCUGGUCGCAGGCGGACGAGGCGACGGUCAGCGCCGUUAUUGCGGCGCUCGCCUGCGAGGACGAGGCCCUCGGCCUGCAGCAGCCCACCGGCAUCGGCCAGCGGCCGCGGCCGAUCGUUCCCGAGGAGCCGCACUUCGCGCCGUCGACGACGGCGCGGGGGGCCGCGGCGAGGUUUUCGCCCCCGGCACCCGCGGUGGCGGCUUCGUGGAAGGCCGAUCGCAGCCGGAAGAGUGGCGGUGGUGGCAGCAAUGGCGGCGGUGGUGGUGGUGGAGCCGGUGGUGGUGGUGGUGGUGGUGGAGGAGGUGGGGCCGAGUCAACUGAGGAGUUGCUGGUGACCGAGAUGUCCAGGGUGGUGCUCCCCCCGCCGGGGUUCCAGCAGCUGAAGCCGCAGCAGCAGGAACCGCCGCUCCUCGAUCGUCGGUCGGCCGCUCACAGGGGCAACGGCCCCGUCGCCGCCGCCGCCGCCGCUCCCCCUGUCGCCGCCUCACCGCCCGCCGCCGCCAAGGGUCCGAAGCCUCCGUCUCCGCGGCGGGCGCUGGCGACCGUGCGCUACUUCGUCAUGAAGAGCAGCAACAUGCGCAACCUGGAGCUGUCGCAGCAGAGGGGCAUUUGGUCGACGACGCCGGCCAACGAGCAGAAACUUAACCGCGCGUUCCUCUUGUGCCCCGUCGUCUACCUCGUCUUCUCCGUGCAGGGCUCCGGACACUUCCAGGGCUACGCACGCAUGGUGUCGCCGAUCGGCCAGGAGCGGUGCCAGGAGUGGGGCUCCCCCGCGCUGGGCGGAGUGUUCCGGGUGCUGUGGCUGUACCUGGGCGGGAUCCCGUUCCAGCAGGUGCAGCACCUGCUCAACCCGUGGAACGACAACAAGAGGGUGCAGAUCAGCCGCGACGGGCAGGAGCUUGAGACUCAGGUUGGAGAACAGCUGCUCAAGUUGUGGGACAGAUGGCCCCGUGCCGGUGGUGGUGGCGGUGGUGGGGGCGGCGGCGGUGGCGGCGGCGGCGGUGGCGGCGGUGGUGGCCGAGACUUGGAACAGCAGGCCGCUGCAAGUCAGUCCCCUCUGCAGAUGCCGAGGUACUAA